AUGGGCAGGAAGUUCUCCUUCAACCUUGCCCCUAUCAAGGUGCCUCUGAGAACCGACAGACAGGCAGAGCCCAGUCCCUCGGUCAAGUCCCCGCAUGUUAGACAUGCUUCCAAAGACAGCAUUACCUCUAUCAACAUGACCUACAUCAGCCGCCAGCGCAUCGACCCCAAGACCGAACAAGAGCUUCGCGCCGCGUGCGCCCUCAUCCUCCAGAACUUCAAGCCUUCCGACCAUGACAUCCCCGACGCAGACCCCAAGCUCGAUUUCCGAGGACCACACCGGCGCCGAGAGCACAAGACGGACGCCUCGCAGGUCAGAGUCCACAAGCCUACCGGCGCGCCGCCUGAGCACACGAGCUCCCAUGACGCACGGAAAGAAACGCAGAAAGUGGCCACUGCAACCAAGAGCUACCCAGACCUACCUCUGCGAGCCAACACUGGAAAGCGGAGAAUAGACAACACUGAGAACACAGGAUCAGACGCCGACAACAGGCGGCAUAUCAAGUCACCCACGGCUGAUGCUCCCAGACACGUCCUCGCCCGCGCCGACACAGAUACGGAUGAUGUUAUGAGUGUUGGAACACCGCUCACUGCUUCGACGGAUACACAUAUGUACAGCGGCUCAACAGCACCGACUUCGGUGGCUGUGACCCAUGUGAGCUCCAAACGCACAUCCCGUCAAGGGGAUAAUCCUGCGGCCAUUGCCGAUGCCCAGGCUGCUGAGUGGAUGCGUCAAGAGCUCGAGAAGCGCCGCCAACACGUUGCUGCCCAGCCACCGUCUCGAUCGCAGUCAUCAGAAAAGCUGCCCAGUCGCGCAACGAGUAUAAGAUCAAACCUCAAAGAGUACAUGUUUCCUGGCUCCCGGGGCCUCAGCCGCACGCAGUCACGCGACUCUUUGCGCAGCCAAUCAUCCGAUCAGCCAAAGCGGAGUGGCUCCUCCCAAGGCUGGCGAAGUUGGGGUUUGAAUCGCUCUAGCUCACGCAGCAGUAGCAGGCCUGGAACGUCGAGUGGGCGAAAGGGACUUGUCGAGCGUGAGAAGACGACCGAGCUCAACUUGAACCGUGAGUUGCCGCCGUUGCCCAGCCUGGCCACUUGGAAGGAGCCCGAGCGACCGAAGGAAAAGCCAAAGGCACCGGCGCAAGGCGCACACAUCGCAACUCUCAUGCGAACACAAGACCAGCAGCAGCAAAGCUAUGCUGCGGCUGCCCGCCGGCAUCACCGGAGAAGCGGGUCGGAUUUGCUAGCGACCCGAUACGCGAAUGGCCAGAUUUCACCCCUCGCCAAAUCCCCUACUCAACAAGCCUUUGCGCAGAAGAGCACUGGUUUCGUGCCAGAAGACCAAUCAACGGACUUUGACCACAUGGUAUCUGCCAUGUCAGGUUCGCGGACUCUCGAAGAUCAGCUCAAAUUACGUGUCAAUGGGCAUACAUUGCAGUCGAGAACGAGCGCUGAUGGUCGACUUGCUGCGCCCAACUUCUCCCGCAAGAUUAGCACGGAUGGACCACAUACCGAUCGCUCAUUUGACGCCAAUGAGUUCGCAUAUCCCAACGUGGUCCAAAUCACGGCCACACAUGCAUCCAAGGCACCGGAGCAGAAGUCGAAGCUGAAGAAAGUGUUCAGCGCAUGGGCGCUCAAGAAAGAAAAGAAGGGCGACGGGGACUGGAUGCAAAAGAUUGAGAAAGGGGGCAUUAAGACGGGUGUGAUGAUGCAGGACGAGGCAGCGCUUCCUCCUGUUACACGAAUCGAGAAAGCGAGGGCCUUCCAGGAUGGGCUCGUUGAAGCUAAACUGCCUGGAGCUACGGUAGUGUCCAAUUUAAUCAAGGAACUUGAGAGAGCCUACGAGCUUGAAUCGUGGGAGCUUAGGAGCACCAUUCCUUAUGGCGACAAAUCAAAGGUUCGAAGAGUAAAUCCUGCCCAAGCAGGAUGGAACAGGCUGCCAUCGUCACCUUUGAGACGCGAAGUGCAGCCGGAGGAAAUUACAUGCCCUGUCGUUACUGAGCCAGUAUAUGACGAAGACGACGACAACUGGAUACAGAACACUGAUCCGCUUCAUCCUAUCAGCACCAACUACGAAGUCUUCUGUGCCGGCAUCGAUGACGACUAUCUCGAAUCGCUCAUACAAGAAGAUCCAGGAAAUGUGGCAUACCUCGAACAGGACGGUCACGACCCGUUUUCUCCGAGCUGGGAAUGGCAUAAUGAAGUUUCCGGCUCAGGAGACAGCGUUGAGUCACACAAUUCAAGCUCUGACACUUCCAAACACAACGAAACGAGCGGUGGCACAGAGCAACUGAUAGCCUGGGGUCCUACAGCCGAAGUCAAUUUCUCUUCGCAGGAAAUAGGUAUCGAUAGGUUGCGAAGUCAGGAAGAUGUUGAGCAGGAGCAGAUCCAAUCAGUGAUCGAAGCAUUCUGCAAUGUGGUCAAUAUUACCAAUGGCGAUGACCAACCACCGCCGCCUCGUCGACCCAGAAAGCACCCGGAAGAUCAGUCGAACAAAAAACAACCACCUCCAAAAAUGUCUCUCGGGGCCAACUCUACGAAUGCAAAAUAUGAUGCUUUUCGCAAGUCAAUAAUGCAUCCGAAAGGAUCCAAAAAGUAUUACGAGCAGUGGCUAGUGGAGUGUCGUUUGGAGAUCCGGGAAAUAGUGGGACCUGAAGGACUGUUCAUUCCAGAUCCCGCCAGGCCGAGGGUUCAUGGGAGCUAA